ACUUUCCUGGUGGCCUGAUUAAAACCACAUACGUUUGGAUAUGCUUCUUGCAAAUCGUGGAGGUAUCUGUGUCAUGUUUGUUUUACCUUCGCAACAGGUUUAUUCUUCAUCCAAGCCCCAGCAACAUGUUGGACCCGUCUUCCAGCGAGGACGAAGGGGACGAGAUAUUGCAGGGCGAGCACAAAGAGGUGGCCGCCCCGAAGGGCUUCGGAGGAUCCCGAUUGUCACCGGGCCGAGCCGCCGACGGCCAUGCCAACGGAGAGCUGAAGCCACGGGUUCGCGGGAGAGGCCGUGGUCGACCCUCCAGCCCUAGCCCGUCAGUUGGCAGCGACAAGGAGAGUGAGGACCUGGAAAAGAUGCAAAGAGAGGAGGAGGAAAGGAAAAAGAGACUCCAGCUGUAUGUUUUUGUGAUGCGCUGCAUUGCAUAUCCAUUUAAUGCGAAACAACCGACUGAUAUGGCCAGGAGGCAGCAGAAGUCCACCUGCUCUGACAAGAUCCCCAACACCAUUGGCUGA